CUGAUGCCUUCAUUUAUCCGUCACGGUCCAACCAUUCCAAGACGAACUGAUAUCUGUCCUCCUGACUCGACCUCUUCUGCAUAUGCUUCUGGUGGAGAUGGAAUUGUUUCCAGAAACCAGAGUUUCCUUCGAACUCCGGUGCAGAGGCCGCCUCAUGAAGUAAUGAGACGUGAAAGCAACAGACUGUCUGCACCUUCCUACCUUGCAAGAAGUUUAGCUGAUGUCCCUAGAGAAUAUGGCUCUUCCUCCCAGUCCUUUUUAACAGAAGCCAAUUCUGUUUUGGAAAAUGGGGAUGCUGGUGCCCGUUGUUACUACUACGAUCACUUUUAUGAUGCCCAGAGGAGACGCCAGCUAAAUGAUCGCGUACACGAGGACUACAGGUAUUACGAGCACAACAGCGAUCUUUUCCAGAGGAUGUCACAGAAUCACGGGAGGCACACUUCAGGCAUCGGUAGAGUUGCUGCUACAUCUCUAGGAAACUUAACAAAUCAUAGUUCUGAAGAUUUACCUCUUCCUCCUGGCUGGUCAGUGGACUGGACUAUCAGAGGAAGGAAAUACUAUAUAGAUCAUAACACUAACACUACUCACUGGAGCCACCCGCUCGAGCGCGAGGGACUGCCUCCGGGAUGGGAGAGAGUCGAGUCGGCAGAAUUCGGAGUGUAUUAUGUAGAUCACAUCAACAAAAGAGCUCAGUACAAACAUCCUUGUGCUCCCAGCGUUCCCCGUUACGACCAGCCUCCCCCGGUGACUUACCAGCCGCAGCAAGCCGAGAGAAGCCAGCCUCUCCUCGUCCCCGCGAACCCCUACCACACGGCGGAGAUUCCGGACUGGCUGCAGGUCUACGCCCGGGCUCCCGUGAA